UUUAGAUCCGUUUGGCCUAUGAGAGAUCACUGACGUACCCCUCAUCAUCGAAUGCUGACAACAAAGAUACAGAGACCGUUGCAUGGUUGCCAAAGAGAAGCUUCCUUCUUCCAUUCUUCAUUGUAAGAUUCUAAGUGGAGGCAUCAACGCGCCAUCUACUAUCUACUAUCAUAGAGCUGCCUUUGAUAGAUUGAAUUUUCGUCUCUGUCGUCAAGUUCAGGAGAAGGGAUCUGAAGCUGACCAUGAUGAUUUCCCAGUCUAUCCUACCGUUUUAUACCCUGGCUGUGCUAUGUAUACCAACGAGCCAUGCCUUUCAGUCCAGUCUGAACCCACGGGCAUUUGCCAGGAGCCGACAGACGUCCCUCUCAGUUACCGAAGGAGGCUACGACCUUGCCGUUAUCGGAGGUGGUGUUGUCGGUGUUCAGGCUGCCCUGACAGCAGCUUCGUCUCCAAUGAACAAGAAGGUGGCGCUGAUUGACGCUCCAAGAGCCAGUGGAGUUUUGAUGAAUGAGGAAACCGGAGAAGAUCUCAGUCUGGGAGCUCCCACAGGUCUCUUUAGCAAGGCACUGCGAGAUACCAGUAAGAACAUUAAAGUAGCGUCGCUUCGAGGAAUGGGGUUGCGAGAAGAAAGUGUUUGGAACGAAAUCAUUUCCAAUUGUGUCGAAUUGGCUAGCUCCAAUGCUCAAGACGUGAGACGACAACUUGAUUUUGCUGGAGUAACCUACAUUGAAGGUUAUGCUUCCUUUCCGGAUUCGGGAGGUUCGGACACCAUAUCUGUUGACGAGCCAGAUGGAACAGUGCAUAUUGUAAGGGCAAAAAAGUAUCUGAUCGCCACAGGAUCAAAGGCUUUCCGACCCGGUGGCAUCCCUUUUGAUGGGAAGCAAGUCUUCGACAGUGAUACCAUCAAUCAGAUAUCGUUUUUGCCAAAAUCUAUCGCCAUCACUGGGAGCGGCAUCAUUGCCGUGGAAUAUGCCAAGGUCUUCAGUAAUCUUGGUUCAAAGGUUACCCUCAUCAUUCGAGAUCAGGUCCCCCGAAACGCUCUGAUGAAGAUUGGUCUCGACAAAGAUGUUGCAGCCACACUGGUAGCAGAUUUGAUACGGAGCGGUGUCAAGAUCAUUCGAGGUGCGCAAGUAAAGGAGUUUUACGUGCCUCCUCCGCCUGCUAGCGGCGGUCAGCGGCUACCGGUGAAGAUCGAAAUAGAAGCCAAAGGUGGAGGACCUCUGCCCAGUGGAGUCGAACGGGAAACAGAAAUCAAGGUGGAUGCAUACGUGGCCGCGGUUGGUCGCAAACCAAAUACAGUAGGGCUCAACUUGGAGCGAGCCGGCAUUGAUGUAGAUGAAUAUGGAGGUAUUCUGGUUGAUUCCCAGCUGAGAGCCACCGCCAAGGGAGGCAAUGUUUAUGCUGCCGGGGAUGUCGUGGGAAGACCAUUCCUAGCGUCCACUGGAAGUGCCCAAGGCAGAGCUGCACUAAGCGCCAUGUUUGCCGAACCAACAAGUGGCAAUGCAACAGAAUAUGCAACGUGCGAUCCUGAGGAUGAGACAUGCGUAGAAGGAGGAAUGAGUCAAGCAGGUGAAUCGUUUGACCCGACGUCGCUGGCAGCCAAUCCAUUUGCGUUCCCAUGUGGGGUUUGGUCGUCACCCGAAGCGGCAUACUUCGGGUUGUCGGUGCAACAAGCAGCAGACAUGGGAAUUGAGGCUGGAGAAGGAAUUGCUUUGUAUUCGGAAUGCCUUCGGGGCCUUGUGUUCUCCCCGAACGGCUUGUUGAAGAUUGUGUACGAGAAACCAGCAGGUCGAAUCUUGGGAGUGCACAUUUGUGGUGAUGAUGCUUGUGAGUUGAUUCAUUAUGGCAUGGAACUUGUGAAGGGUAGAAGGACUGUGAUUGAACUCUCUAGCACGUUGUACUCCGCGGUGACCUUUCACGAGAUGUAUAAGAUCGCAGCACAAGCUGCAUUAGACGAAGUCGGAGCUCGAAAACGCCGUGCUGCGGCCGGAAAAGCUCUGGCUAAGCGAUUGCGCGAUGCCAGCCUCCUCUAGUAGCUAGCAAGUUGCCGGAGCCCUGAUGGAUACCGGUACGGUCGGAUUUGGUUUCUGCUUGAUCCAUUUUCAAGGCACGAAAGAAUCGGAUGCGUUGCUGCAAGCGAUUGGAAUGAGUCAUUCAUAGAUACGGUCCAGGCCAACUAGCCACGUUUAACGAAAAUAGAUGCUCCAGUAGACGCUGUCGUC